UUGAAGGCCCACCGCAACAAGCCCCCUCUCUACUGAGUCCCGAGUGUUUCCAGGUCUCUGGCCAAUCCCUCUGCAAAAAUUCUGGGGGAAGCCCUUCCAUUCCUUCUCAGACAAACGCGUUGCACCUACUGAGUAGGGAGCGAGAAUUAAAUAAGGGCAAGGAAAGAUAGCAAAAUCCAUUUUUGUAUGUAUAGUUGAGGGUUUUCUUUCUAGCUUCCCACAGUUAUUCCAUUGCUUAUUGGCCCUAUAGCCUUUUCAAUGGCUGCCUUUGUUACCAAUCAAUCUCUCUUGGCUUCCAGUCCUUGUUCUGCAUCCUUGUUGUCAAAUCCCUUGAAAACCCUAGAACCCAACAUCAGACUUUUAUCUCUUCCCUAUCCAUCCCUUCGUCGCCCUAUUUAUGCGUGCAGGCCUAUGUUAGGGUUUUCAAGCCAGUAUGUCCCAUUUUCCUAUGGUAGCCGAGGAAUUAUCUUCAAGCCUUACUUCGCCGCCGGAGAUUCUAGUCCAAAUACAGAUGAUGAAAAUGAGAACACUCAGAAUGAUAUGAAAUUGACAGAUAAUGAAGAAGAUAAAGUUUCCCCAUCCAGCUUCAUGGCUCUCAUCGAAGCAUACAAGGAAGCAAGCCUUGAUGGAGAUAAAAUAACUGCAUCUCGUGUUGAGAUGAGGAUAAAAUUAAUGGCAAAUCAAAAGAAUGAACUGAUUCAAUUAGUGUCGACUCUAUCAGCUGAGAAAGUUGCUUCAAGAGAGAAAUGUCUUCGUUGGCAAGCAGACUUUGAUAAUUUUAGGAAAAGAUUUGAGAAAGAAAAGCAUAACAUACAGUCCAAUGCCCAAGUAGAAGUCAUUGAAAAACUUUUGUUGAUGGUGGACAGUUUUGAUAGAACCAAACAACAAAUCAAACCAGCAACAGAUAAAGAGAAAAAGAUUGAUGCUAGUUAUCAAGGUAUAUACAAGCAAUUUGUUGAGAUUUUGAGGAGUCAUCAUGUGGCUGUGGUAGCAACAGUGGGCAAGCAUUUUGAUCCCUUGGUACAUGAAGCCAUAGCACGUGAGGAGUCCCAAGAGUGCAAAGAGGGAAUCAUCAUUCAAGAAUCCAGACGUGGCUUUUUGCUUAGAGAUCGGCUUUUAAGGCCAGCACUGGUCAAGGUUUCAUCAGGGCCUGGCAACAAGAAAGCUACAGUGACUCCUGACAACUCCAAGGAACAGCCAGCAGCAGCAGCUGGAAUAGAUGAUAGAUAAUUCCUUCAAAAUGAUCGCUCCUUUUUGCAGUAAAUUACUUCCAUCUGCCAACCUCGUAUUAUAGUAAUGUCAUCCAACUGGAAUUGCUUCAGUUAUUUUAUCUUCUUAUAGGUUGCACCUGGUUGAUGUAAUGUACCUUACAAGUUGUCAUUUGCAAGUGCUCUGCAAUAUUUAUUUCAUUCCAGAAGCUCCUUGAAAUCAACAUUCUGGAAAUAUUCUUGUUAUAACUAAUAACUGAUAAUGCAUAUGCCACAAGUUCAUGA